AUGGGACGCACUUUACCAAGUCCAGUCGCAUGUAAAGUAUGUGGUGAUCGUUCCUAUGGAAAGCAUUAUGGUGUUUAUUGUUGUGACGGGUGUUCAUGUUUUUUUAAACGGUCUGUUCGACGUGGAGUUGUUUAUACUUGUAUAGCUGGUAAUGGAGCAUGCGCAGUAGAUAAAGCAAGAAGAAAUUGGUGCCCACAUUGCAGACUAAAAAAAUGUUUUGCCGUAGAAAUGAAUAUUACAGCUGUACAAGAAGAAAGAGGUCCACGAACGAAAGUUAGGGACAGGAUUCCAUCAAUAAGUUCUUCAGUUUCGUGGACACCAACAGAAUCUUUUAACAUAAUAAGUUUACAUAAUAAUAAUUCAUCAUUUGGCAUAAAUGACACUAAUAAAUAUCAUGAAAUUACUUUUACACCCAACAUCAAUCCGUUAUUCCACCGAAGUCAGUCAUUGCCAAGAGUAAUAACUUCUGAUGAAACAAUGCAGUAUGAAAUAGUAGCAGAAAUAUUUUUAUCAUCAAUCCGCAACGCCCGUAGACACAAAUAUUUUUCUAAAAUAAAUCCAAUAUCACAAAAUAUAAUAUUGCGUAAUAAUUGGUCGGCUAUAUUUAUUUUACAUUUAUCAACAUGGCCGAUUGAUUUUACGACACUCAAUAUUACCAGUUCUAUGGCCAAUAAAAAUUUAAUUAAAUAUUUAUCAUCAGCACGAUCAACUAUUGCUAAGUUACAGCUCGAUCAAAUUGAAUUAUCGUGUCUCGAAACUUUUACUCUCUGUUCUGGUAAUUAA